CUUCAAAACGUGUUGCGGUUCUUGUAAAUUAUAUGGUAUCGGUUGUUAUCCAAAAUAUGUUGGUUAAGUGACGUGUUUAAAGUAAAUGUACUCUUAUUUUUGUGUUGUAUAUACAUUUACAUGUCAAUUGGGAGAUUUUGUGAUUUUCAAUGUUUACUUUGGAUUAAAUCGAACGGUUUUAAAAUGGACAGCAAACCGUGCGAAACUCAUUAAACAAUUUUUUAGAUGUCUACGGCAGCUGUGGGAGGAGGGCAUCAUUCGGGGGCAGGUCCCUUGAGUUUGAUGUCCUGUGUACGAGAAUCCUCGCCCCAACCCGAGAAUGAACGAGAAAUAGAAAAAAAUACAUCUUCGAAGAAAAGAUUUUGGAACCCUAAAAGGUGGUUUAAACGGAAACAAGCUAGUGAAGAUGGAGCCAAUCAGCCAGUGGAGGUUCCGAAGGAUUCAAUUCGUAGCCGGUCUACGAGUGAACUGUCAGAUGUUGAGGAUGAUAUACGCAGAAGGAGUACAUCAUCAAUGCAUCAGAUGCUUAGUCUUUCACAUGACAGUGUCUUUCAAUCUCCUCAUUCUGGGUCUUCCGAAAUGGAACUGGAUGCUGCACAAAGUUCCUCAUCACUGUCAAUAUCACAACCGUUUGACCAAAAAUUAAAGACUGAAUUGUGCGAGAGGUUGAGACUGAGGCGUGGCCGUGGUGAUACCAGUGAAGAUGACGAAGGUUUACCAAGAAGCCCAUGCAAUUCUCCAACAACAGCGGACUCUCAUCUUCACAACAAGACUGCAAAAGAUCUCGCCACAAAAUCACAUAGUACUUGUAGUGAUGGAUCCUUACUUAGUAUGGAUAGUUCAGAAAUGGACGAGGAUUCCUAUGGUUUGAACUCUAGGCAUUCCUCUAAACUUUCGUUACAUGACAAGCGCAGUGUCGAGCAAGAUUCCGAUUUUGAAAUAGGAUCAUCUACAACUCCCUUAAAUCAUAGUGCUGCCCAUCACCGAGUUGCAGUACGACCCAAAAGAACUCAUGGAGCACCUAGACGAAAAAGAGGAUCUGCUUUGCCGUCCUCAGCUUUGCCAGUCACACCAGAAGUAAACGAAGAUUCUUCAUUGCGUAGUGUUACACCCGAAAAUCGAGUGUCAGUAACUGAGUUAUGUAGCUUGAACUCUAAAAGAACUGUUUUGACUGAAAAUCAACUAAAAUGUUCCUCUCUUCCUCCCGGAUUAGUGGGACCUGGAUCCGACCCAAAACUGAACAGAAGCAAGUCCAACGCCGGCAGCAAGUCACAAGACCAUUUCUCAGUACUUUCAGAGCACAAAGAAGAAAAAUCUGAAAAGUCUUUAUUUCAGAAACUUAUAAGGAGCAGUGGCAAGAAGAAGAGGUCUAAAGAAAAGCAUCAAGAACAUUUGCAAUAUACUUCUACAAGUAUAAGUAAUGCAUUUAGUAGUAUUAGUACUGCUAGUACUACCAUUACUUCGCGGGUAGAAUCCAAACCAAUAGUAGCUCCAAGAUCAUCAGCAUCAACAAGACAAAGAGUUCAUCCUAAAAAUAUUCCAGUGACGCCAGAGGAAGAAAGAAAAGAUCCUGUACUUCCUAAACCAUCUCCGGAAAAGUCUCUGUCUCCUAUUCAAUUUGAACUGGAAACUCGUAUUAAACAAAGACAAUCAGUUCUUUCAACUAGUCCAAAAUCUCCACCACAGUCACCCAAAGUACCAAGGAGUCCUGUGAUAAUUAAAACAGAUAUCACUAAAAGAAUAUCUUCCAGACAUGAAGAAUUUAUGUCUGAAGAAAUAUCACCGAAAAUAGUAUUACGAAAAUCUAUUGACGAUGAAACAGAUUUUUGUAAAUCAUUAACUAAUUUCACGGCAAAUGAUAAUCAAAAACCACCUAAGCCCAUUAUUAAAUCACACAGUUUUAAAAUGACAAAAGAGGAUGACAAAAGUGAUAAUAAAAUUAUAUCUAAAGCUGCAUCUUCAGAUUCCAUAAUAGUAAUAGAACCUGUUGUCAGUCUUAAAUCUGAAAAUCCCAUCAAAUCGAAGAAUACGGAACAAACUGAGUCAAAUUAUGAUUCAUUAGGAUCGGAUAUUUUGAAUGAUGUCAAGGAAAUUACAAAUGAAAUAGUUUCUGGUAUCAAAGAGAACUAUUCUGUUGCAAAAUCAAAUUCUAAUGAAGAUCUCUUAUCAAAUACAAAAGUAUUUAAAGAUAAAACAAAUGAAAUUAUAAUGUUAGAUAAACAAGAAAGCAAUAUAAAAAGAAAUAAUCCUCCACUUUCAGAUAUUACAAUAUCAGGUCCCAGUCACACAGCAGUUGUUAAUAUCUCAAGCAGUAAGAGUAGCAAUGUAACAGAAUCAUACACGUCAAAGAAAAUUCAACAUGAAAAUAUUGAAAAAGACUUUACAAAAACAAUCUCCGUUAAAGAAAGUCACGUGUCGGUUACCAAAAUACAACAAAAACAUGAGUCCACAACUGUCAAACAUGAAACAGUUAACACCAAAGAUAUUCCCGAAUUUCUAAAUAAACAGCUCAAUAAAGUGGAAUCGAAACCGACUACGAACGUUAUAUUUUCCAUGAAAACUUCUCGAGUAACAGAGGAUAUUGAAAAACCUAGAAGUUUAGAUGACAUUUCUACUACAGAGAAGAAUGUUUCACCGCUAAAACAAAAUUUCAUAAUUACUGAAAAUACUACAAAUGCCAAACAAAUGAUGAUAGAUAGUGAUGCUAAUUCAGAUAGCAAAGAAAAGAAUAUUGCGAAAUGUAAAAAAACUGAAUCCCGAGUAACUGAAGAAUUUGAAAACAUUAAAUCAGUGAAAGAAAGUGAAAUUGGUGUUAAAGAGAAGAAUGUUUCAGUGUCAAGUCUAAAUCCUAUUACAACUGAAAAAAACGAAAUUUCAACAUCUGUUAAACCAGUUAUUAUUGAUAGUGAUGUUGAUUUAGAUAUUAUAGAGCGAAAUACAUCCAGAUAUAAAAAGAAUGAUAAGACACCUAAAAAAGCUCAAACACCCGAGACUGCUAAAAGACCAUAUUCGAAAAGUCUAUCAAUCAGUUUGGAUUCAUUAAAAAACGACAGCAAUACUAAUUCUGAUAAAUCUUCUUCACAAGAUAGUUUAAGCGAGAAAGAAAAAACAACCGAGUCUGUGGUACUUAGGCGUAAAUCUGCAAUUAAGAAAAACGAUGAUGAACCAGAACUAAUGAAAGUCUUCGCUAGAAGAUCUCUAAAAAUAAGAGAUUCAGAUUCGGAGUCGCUUUCGCAGUCAAUAGAAAGUAGUAUGAAGGAAUCGAAAAUAAAAGAUGGCGAUAAAGAAAACCACAAUAAUUCUCCUAAUGAGGAAAAGAAAAUAAUAAAAGGUGAAGUCGAACCUGAACGACAAGAUAAACUUAAUGUAUCUGAAGUUCAGCAAAAGAACAGUGUUAGCGUAAAAGAACCUUUAAAUGAAUGUACUGCAUCUGAAUCAAUUGACAAUAUUCCCCACGAUACUAUUUUAGAAUCAACUGCGGAAGUAACAUUACGUAAAUCUCCACAAAAAAAUGUCUUGCCAUAUCCUAGAUCUGUAAGCAUGACUUAUAAACCCCAAGAUGUUCCGUUUAAAAAGCCAAGUUUUGUCGAAAGACGGACAACCACCAAUUUUUGGCAGAGAAAUGAAGAUUCCGAGUUUAAGCAUAAAACUGAGGAAAUCAUCACGAGUAUUUCUCCGAAAGAGGAAAUUAUUGCUGAAGAACUUAAUACAACGCCUAAGAACUUCAAUCAACGGAAAGCUGAAUGGGAAAAAAGAGCACAACUUGCCAAAAAGAAUGCUGUACCAUAGACAAAUGUGAUCAUCUUUAUUGUGUAAAUAUGGAAGAAAUAUGAUUUUUUUUAUUUUAGUCAUUAUUUCAUGUGUUUAUGUAUGAUAAAUGUACAGAGUAUCACCAUCCAGUGUAACUUGCUUUUGAAUGCAUUUUUCAUUAGUUGGUGUCCAUUAAUCAUACCGACAAACGUGUUUUUGUAUAUUUUCAUAUAUUUUUAUAGUUUAGAAAUCAAAUAUAUCUUUUUUAUUUUACUGAUAUAGAUUGUGAUGCAUUGUGACCAAUAAAAUUAACGCCUUGA